AUGUCAAAAUUUACAAAUUUAUUAAGAAAAAGUAGUUCUAUGAAUAUGACAGGUGGAACAGCAGGUGAUAGAAGUAGUGUUUAUAUUGACACAAGUGGUAAUGGUAAUAGUGGUGGUAGUAGUCCAGAUACAUCAAUAAUCAAUACACCAUUUGGAGAAGCUAUCAAUGAAAAAGUGAUCGAACCAAGUGAAAUUAAAUUAUCAGAAAAGAAUUUAAAUGAUAUCAAAGUCUUAUUAAAUGAUAUUAUAAAAAGUUGUAAAAAUUAUUAUGAUCGUGGUGAACAGUUUGCUAAAACUCAAGUCAAAUGGUCACAAUCAUUCUCAAAAGAUUAUGAAAAAUCAACUACUCAUUCAAGUUCAGCUCAACAAGUUUAUCAACAACAACAACAAGCAGCAGCAGCCAAUGGUAAUGGUGAAACAUCAACCUCUGAUUCUAAUCUUGGUUUCAUUAGAGCAUUAGAACAAUUCACAAGUUCAAUUACAAAAACUAGUGGGUUCGAAUCAGAAUGGAUCAAUUCAGUGAUGGAAGGUUUAAUUAAACCAAUUCAAAUAUUAAUUGGUGCAAUCGAUGAAAAAAAACAAUAUAGAAAAAAGUUUGAUAAAGCUGUACAAGAAUAUGAAAAUAUAAUUUCAAAAAUUAAACAUCAACAAACUCAAAAGAAAAUUGAUAUUCUUAAAAUUUAUAAUUAUGAAAAAGAAAAAUCAAAAUUAAAACAAAAUUAUGAAAAUGUAAAGAAUGAAUAUAUAUAUUAUUUAACAGAUACAGAGAAUAGAAUGCAUACAGAAUUUCUUGAUUUAUUAGUAUUACAUUAUGAAUCUAUGCAAUUAUUAAAUGGUAAUGCUUAUGCAGAAUAUGCAGGUAUUAAAACUUAUAUCGAUAGUUUAAGAACUUGGUGUCUUAAUGAACAAGAUUAUUUCCAAAAAGAAAGUAUUGAAAGAGAUGCAAGAAGAGUUUUAGAAUUACAAAAAGAAGAAGAUUUAAAACAUCAACCAAUUAUCGAUUUAUUAGUAUCACCACCAUUUUAUUUAUGGAAAUUAUUAUCAGAGAUUAGAAAGAAUGAAUUAUUUCCACCACCACCACCACCAAAUACACCAAUUGUUGUACCACCACCACCAAUUCAUUUCAUACCAAAUUUAGUGCGUAUAUUUGAAGCAAGAGGACAAUUAUCUGAAUUAUUGAUAAUGAUGGUACAAUCGGAUUUACCAAAUAUUUCAAUGACUGGUACAUUCUUACCAUAUGAUAUAGUUUCUUGUGAAUUCAUUGAAGAGAUUGCAAAUUUACCAUCAUCUACACCUUAUUUGAAAUAUUUAUUCGAUCAAUCAAUUACAAAUAUUAUAAAUUAUCAUGAUAAUUAUCGUAUUAAUACUCAACAAGGUAUUACAAAUUUAAUAGCAGAAUUUGAAUAUGUUUUAAAUAUUUUCCAAGGUUCUUGUGAAUAUUUACCACCACCAUUUAAAAAAGCAUCAAUUGAAAUUCAAAAUGGAUUAAAUAAAUUAUCACCAGGUUCAAAAUCACCACCAAUUGGAUGUUUAUUAUUUAGUAGAGUAUUUGCACCAGUUGUUGCAAGACCACAUCAACAUCAAUUAUUCCAUGUUAUACCAUCGGAUCAAGCAUUGGAGGUAUUGGCAUUCUUAUCUACAAUGUUUGUGAAUUUCGGUACCAAUCAAUCAUUUAUGGCUAGUAUUUUAGGUUCACAACAAUUGAAUGAAUCAAUGGAUGCUUGGAAACCAGUGAUCACUACAUUCUUUGAUCAAGUUAAACAAUCGGAUCUUACUGAAUGGGAUUCUUCAAUCACUUUGAAUGAAGUUUAUCAACAAGAUAUCCCAGUGAUUCAAUCAUUUAUUAAACGUCAUUAUUUACAUAUCUCUGGUUCUUACCUUAGUAGAGAUCGUGAACAAUUAUCAGUGUUUACUCAUGCUUUAGGUUCUUUAGAAGCUGAUGAUCCACCACCUACUGAAAAACAAUCAAAUAAUAAUAAUAAUAGUUCCAAACAUAGUUCUUCCUCUUCAACUCCAACCCAACAUCCUUCUUCUCCAGCUUUAUCUCCUCAUUCUUCUUUACAAAAUCUUAAUAUAAGUGCUAACAGUGGUGAUGAAAAUAUAGAACAGUAA